AUGGAUAGAAACCCUAUCCAUCCACCACUUCCUGCAAGGAAUGACUAUGAGAUCAAGCCUCAGAUCAUAGCAUUGGUUAGACAGAACCAAUUCAAUGGACUUCCAGCUGAGCACCCUCUUGAUCACAUAGAAAACUUUGAAGAAAUUUGCAGCACUACAAGAUCCAAUGGAGUCUCUGCUGACUACCUAAGUGCAAGCUCUUUUCAUUCUCUCUUGGCGACAAAGCUUCAAGAUGAGAUCAAUUUCUGUAAGGAACAAGAUCUCCACUUUCGCCAAGCCAACAAUGAGUCUUUCUAUGAGGCGCUAGAUCGAUUCAAGGAGUACAUUAGGGACUGCCCUAAUCAUGGUUUCAAUGAAGGAAACCUAUGGAACAUCUUCUAUCGUGGCAUAGACCACAAGUACAAGCUUUCAUUGGACACAGCAAGCAAUGGAAACUUCAUGACCAAGACUGUUGAUGAAGCUAAGGUUCUUAUUGAGAAUCUUGCAGCUAGUGAUUGUAACAACUGUCCUGAUUAUGACCGCUCAAGCCGCACCACUACUAGCUCCCCUGAUUCUUUUCAAAUGACUGAACUCAAGAACAUGAUGGCUCAAGUUCUUAAGGGACAGCUCAAGCAUAUCAAUGCAAUAGAAGGGAUGAGUGAUGCUAAUGAAGACAUCAAGAGAAUGUAUGGGAGACUUCUCUAA